UGCGACAAUGUCGCAGAGAAUAAGGUUUAAUAACGAUUUUCACCACAACCUUAUAAACUAUAGUGAGACCUGCCGAUGCUAACGCUAGCAUGGUAACGCUACAUCGUAACUGCUGAUUUAUUCUCGAUAAUCUCGUAUUUUCACCAAAUCUCAUGUCGCAUCUUGGAAGAAACACGAUGUAAGUGAACCAGCGUAUUUCUCCUCUGACAGUUUUCAUUCAGACUCGUAACCUGAAGCUGUGAACUCUUGAUUUUUAUGUGAAAUAAUGUCGAGCAUCCAAACUUUUUAAUUUCCACUGGAUUAAUGUUAAACGUCGCAGUACUUCAUAAAUCCAGAGGGAAAGUGAGAAAACGUGUCCUUACCUGGGAAUGUAAUUCCUCUGCUUUAGCACAGAUACUAUUUAUAUAUAUUACAGGUUUGUCACUUUAGUAACUACAACCAAAAGCGUUGGUUUAUGACUUUUAGAUUUUAACGAUGUUAUACCAACAACAUCCCGUAAACCUUCAGUCGCCUCUGUUUACAUCGGCGACUGCUGAUGACGUAAGUUUCUCAAGACGACUCCUGAUGACGUAAAGGCUUCUUGAGGCGCUGUCCCAAUUCGAAGAUUAAAAAAGAUGAAUUAUAAAAUAUAGAUUGUAAAAUAGACAGAGAUAUACAAUAUAUAUUGUAAAAUAUAUAUUUUAUAAAAUAUAUACAGACGAUAACAAGAUAAAACAAGUGUGAUAUACUAAAGGUCUCAGUGAAAUAAACACUAUGUCCAUUAGACAGCAAUAUAAUCUAUAUGGAUACAAUUUAUAUAGUAUAAAACUUGUACUCGAUUCGAAACACCAUGCUGAAGCAGAAUGAUUAUUAUUGUAAGCUAUUUUCUUUUGUUGUUGUUAUUGGUUUAGUGUGUUGCUACUGUCAGUGUUUAGAAACGGGGACGUUUCUUUUGUUUGGGGGGAGGUUUGUAAGCUAUUUAAUUUAAUGGCUUUAUUAUGGAAGGUUGGUGUGUAGUUCCUGUUAAAAGCAGGGUGUUGGUUGGGACUCUUGUUUUGAAGGGGAAAUAUACUGGUGUGUUGUCACCAUUCAUCACUCGCGUGUCCUUUUCCGGCUGAUGCAUUAAAGUACAAGAGAACAUUAUUAUCAUUAUUAUCAUUUUAGACAAAAGCCUAUGCAGAUUUAAAGUGACGACGUCGUGACACUGCUCAACCGGAAGCAGUCGUCAUACCGCCCCCGGAAACAAGUGACCGCGCGCGGAGAUUCGAUAUUAGAAGCAGCUCGCGCGCGGCAGCUCAGUUUCCGUCCUCGCGCUGAACAGAGAUCGAUCAUCAGGGAUCAAUAACCGAUAUCAGAUCAAACAUGGCGACACCACCGAAGAGGUCGUGCCAUGUUCCCGCCAGCCCGACGCUGAGUGACAGCUUCUGGCGCAAAGAGAAGAAGAUCUCCAUCGAGGGAAACAUCGCUGCAGGAAAGUCUACGUUUGUGCGUGUCCUCCAGGGGGCGUCAGAGGACUGGGAGGUGAUUCCUGAGCCUAUUGGAAAAUGGUGCAACGUGCAGAACGAGAGCGACGACGUGUCCAAGGAGCUGAGCUCGUCUCAGAAGAGUGGAGGGAACCUUCUGCAGAUGUUGUACGAUAAACCGAGCCGCUGGUCCUACACCUUCCAGAGUUAUGCAUGUCUCAGCAGAGUUCGUUCUCAGCUUCAGUCGCCGUCAAUCAAACUUCAACAAAGUGAAAAACCUGUUCAGUUCUACGAGCGCUCCGUCUACUCUGACAGGUACGUGUUUGCAUCCAACCUGUUUGAGUGUGGAGACCUGUCGGACACUGAGUGGAGUGUGUAUCAGGACUGGCACACCUGGUUACUGAAGCAGUUCACACCGGAGAUCCACCUGGACGCUAUCAUCUACCUGAGAGCACAGCCACAGCGCUGUAUGCAGAGGUUGCUCCAGCGGGGCCGUGAGGAGGAGGCGGGACUUCCUCUUGAGUAUCUGGAGCAGCUUCACUUCAAACACGAGGCCUGGCUUCACCACAGGAGCCUCAGGAUGGACUUUGACUAUCUAAACGAUCUUCCUGUUCUGACUCUGGAUGUUGACGACGAGUUCAAGAAAGAUCGAAUCAAACAGGAAGUCCUCAUCGACAAGGUCAGAGACUUCCUCACCACGCUGUAGAAGCUUCCACCAAUCACAGCUCAGGAUGAGAGCAGCUCCUGCGUCAGAUUCACACCAAGUGUUUUUUUUUAAGAGCUCGAUCAGUUUUCAUAUUAUUCUUCUGAUUUGUACAAAUUUAUUUUUAUAUUUUAAAACUUUUUAAAGUGUGUGUGUUCAAAUGUUAGUGUUUGUAGGAUAAACCUGUUUUUUACCUUCGUGUUAGACUGACUGUCCCCACUUGUGCCAUCAGACCAGAGUGUGUGUUUGAGCAUCAUGACGAUGCAUUCAGGUGAAUAAAGAUGUCACACUGGU